AGCUUUUGCCUUGUCUCUCCUUAGCUAGUGCCAUUCAUCUAAUCUCAAAAGCACCUCUCUCUGCAGCUUUUGAAGCUUUUCUAAAUCUCUAUCCCCAGACCCAGACCCAGACCCAGACCUUUUCCAGAGCUGUAAAAAGAGCAGAAAGUAUGGAAAACAUUCUAACUCCAAUUCAAUUGAUCAUCAGCAGCUCCCAUUUCCUGAAGUUUGUCACCAAAAUUUUGCUACCAUUUUCAGUCCUUUCUGUUAUAUUAUCCUACCCUUUGUUAUGCAACUUCCAUAGUUUGGCAUAUGGUUUGCAACUCUUUAGUUUCAGUGUUGGUAAGAAUUACAUGUUUCUACUUUGCAAUGGACUACUUGUUUUCAUUGCCACCAGCUCUGGUUUGAUUGGUAGCUUUUCGGUGGAGACUGAUUUUAAAGCUGAAAAGACUCUCAAAAGUAAGGGAAGCAAUCAGACAGAGUUACAGGUUGAAUCAUCAGAGCAGAAAGCAUCCAUUGGAAAUGCAAAAGUUAUGCUAGAAGUCGAUGAUCAAGAAGCACAAGAAUCAAAAAUGGAUUCUGUGGCGCCCCUGGUACAAGGAAGAGAAGAUGUCCCCUUGGUUGUACAAGAUGAAGAAGAAGAACAGAGACAUGAGCUUGUUUCAGUUGAGAAAGAUGAAGAUGAAGAACUUGGGUUGAUGAGUAAUGAAGAGUUAAACAAGAAAUUUGAACAGUUUAUUAGAAAGAUGAAGGAAGGAAUCAAAUUUGAAUCAGUAACUGAUUAUGGUUCAAUAAUAUAGAAUUUAACACACACAAGACUCUAGGCAUCUUCCAGCUUUAAAUUAUAGAUUUCAGUAACUUGUUUUCUUUCUUUUGCUUGUCUCUUGAAAGCCCUUAACUUAAAAAUAAUUUGCACCCAUUUAUA